AUGGCUUUGUCGAAGUUUCAACUUGCAACUUUUCUCAUCAUAUAUUGUCUGCUAACUACUUCCCAAUCAAAGAUAUUGAAUACAAAACAAAUCGGAGUUGAUGACUGUGUUUAUAGAGGUCGAUGCCAGUUCAGCAAAGAAUGUAAGAGUCGAUGUGGACCGCCUGAGUUCUCAGAUGAAACUACUGGUUUAUGCAUGCUCGAUUAUGAUGACAACGAAUAUCGUUGUUGUUGUACUUCAAAUAACUAA